CAGAGGGGGAACUCCCGAUGAUUCAGCCCUCCCGAGGUGGCACGGUCCCACCCCGAGAUCCCAGAUUUCUGCUUUGUUAUAGCAGGCCUGUGUCAACUGUGGGAGGUUCCCCGUCCCCCUCUCUGGCACCAGGAUCAUGGCCUCCAUCAAUGAGCUCCCUGAGAAUGUCCUCCUGGAGCUGUUCUCCCUGAUUCCAGCUCGGGAGCUCAUCAGGCGCUGCAGGCCAGUCUGCAGCCUGUGGCGGGACCUCAUCGACCUGGUGUCCCUGUGGAAACGCAAGUGCCAGAGAGAGGGCUUCAUCUCCGAGAACUGGGACCAACCUGUAGCCGACUGGAAAGUCUUUUACUUCCUUUGUAGCCUCCGGAAGAACCUGAUCCGCAACCCCUGCGCUGAAGAGGGAUUAGGACACUGGAGACUCGACAGGAAUGAAGGAGAUAAAUGGAAAGUGGAAGAUGUUCCUGGAGCCCAUGGGAGAGAGUUUCCAGACUCCAGAGUCAAAAAAUACUUUGUCACCUCCUAUCAAACCUGCCUCAAGUCUCAAAUGGUGAACCUGAAAGCCGAGGGGUAUUGGGAAGAACUGAUGGACACAGUGAGGCCGGACAUCGUGAUCAAGGACUGGUUUGCCGCCAGGUACGACUGCGGCUGCCGCUACCAGAUUUGUGUGCAGCUGUUAUCGGCCGAUUUCAUCGUCCUGGAUGUGUUCGAGCCCCCGCCGGUGGUGGUCGAGCAAUGGAGUGACUGCGAGUGGAGAGAGGUCUCCCACACAUUCUCCAACUACCCCCCCGGAGUCCGUCACGUCCGCUUCCAGCACGGGGGUGAGGACACUCAGUACUGGGCGGGGUGGUACGGCCCCCGCGUCACCAACAGCAGCAUCACCCUUGGCCCCGAGGUGACCGGGCGGCGGAGCAAAGAGAGGGAGACGCAGACGGAAUGAAAGUGGCCACGUGUGUUCCGAGGGACCCAAGGACAGCAGAGCGCCGGGCCAUGGCUUCUCUCCGCCCUCUCCUGGGGAUUCCUUCCUAGAGGUCAAAGGCUGGGCGGUGCAGAACCAGAGCCGGCGGAGGGAGCUGGUCCUGCCUGCUCUGCUGAACAAUGGAGUAAGAGCACUUGAAGCCAGGGAUGCCAUUCGAGGCCAGGAGGGGCCCGUGACGGCGACCAAAGGCCAGUUCUGCGUUCGCUGGGCAGGCCGGCUUCAGCUGCUCUUAUGGGCCCUCUCCUCCACGUACAACUGCAUCUGUUAGAAGAAACCAUACCGGGGGGAUGACGAUUAAAGGUCUUGUUUCCAGGGCCCUCUAAGGCUUUCCAGAGACCUAUUAUUACUCCCCACUUCACAGAAGGGAACACCGAGGCUCCAAAGAUGGGGCUUUCCUCGGGUUGCACAAUCACUAAGUAGAAAAGGAAUGUUCUAUUUGGUUCCAGAGAGCGAGGUUAAAAGGAGAAGGUUCAGAAGCAAAUUGGGCCUGAUGUCAGGGAAAAUAGCCUAACCCUGGAGACCACCAAAGCUGGCACAAGCUGCCUGGGGAGACCAUGAGCUCCCCUUGGCACUCUUUAAGCAAGGCCUCUCACUUCCCCGAGGAGGGAAAGGCUGGCUUCUGUGAUUCUACAAAGAUAAACGCUCUCCCUCAGAAGGGCGAGUGGUCAGAGGACAUGAGGAGAGUUUAAAAUAAUAUUGUUCUUCCUAAGCCUUCAGCCAAAACUGCUUAGGAGGUCUUCUGGGGCUGCCCUUAGUCAGUGCUGAUCACAGCUCCUGGGCCCGUCAAGCACUCAAGUUCUGUUUGUUUUUUAAAGCUCUUAUUCUGUCCUAGAAUUAAUACGAAGUGCCAGAAGAGCAGGAAGGGGUGGGCAAUGGAGGUUAGGUGACUUGCCCAAGGUCACACAGUAUAAGUUUGAGCAAGCCUACAUUUUGGAAUUGACAGGGUUACCCCUGAUGGUCAUGCCGGGGCUAAGUAGUUAGAAGAAAGGGUUCUUUAUAGGGGGGAACAAGUUGUUCGUGCCGAGUAGUACCCACAGAAACCUCCCCGAUCCCCAACUGGGUCCUGUUUCAAAAUGGAUAACUGCUUUCUUUCCCCUCGCUACCCACUCGUUCUGCUCCCUCCCAACUCAAUUACACGGAUCUGACUGAAUGGCAACUCACCAGGGUUUAUUCAAGAACGAAUAAAUUAAGGGAUGAGGGAAGAGGGUGUCAGGAAAAGGGGGUGUAGGUGGUUCCCUGAAAUCCCUCUUAUCAGUCCUUCACUGGAUAGGCUAGUAACAGAUAAUUUCUGUAUUCCCCAAAGUCCAGUUUCUCUGACCUAAUCCCCAAGUAUUUCUCUUGAACCUAUAAUUAUAGCUAAGUCAUGAGGGAAUGCAAUAAGGCAAUGUUCAAGGCAAGAUCUGUGAGCCCCCGGGGGGCCGGCUCCCUGCCAAAGUCCAGACCCCCUUGGCCAAAAGUGAAGAAAUGGCUGUUCCAUAUUCUCCACUGGGUUAAGGAAUCGAUGAAGACCAACUGGCAGAAUUAGUCUUCACUGACGUCCCCGGGAAACUCUUGAGGUUAGCUUUUUAGGUGCUGCAGCCCCCAAAUCCACCUCCCUCUUGGGCUGUGCCCCCAGCUAGCCUGAGAGAAAAGCCGUUGGUCUCUUCCCAGAAGGCUUUGCACUCAGCCCAACUGGCACGCUUUUCCCUCCUCAGCGUUCCAUCUGUCAAUUCCAAAAUGUCGGCUUGCUCGACCUC